AGAUCAUUUGGAUACACAAAAGCCAAACAGUGGAACCAUGUUUGGAUGCUGGAUUACCUCAUUUCUCUUACUGUUGGCAACCUCUAAGUUUUUCGUGGUGGUCCUCUCAGAGAACAACACUGGAGGUAUGGCACAGAAGAAUCCCCAUGAUUUAGACUUUGCUCGCCACAAUAUUUUGACCGCCCAGUUUGAAUGUUUCCAGAAGAUUAUGAAAGACACGAAUCACAACAGAACAGAUGGUUCCAUGUGUAAACGGACUUGGGAUGGGUGGAUGUGCUGGGAGGAUUUGGACGCAGGAGUCACUUCAGCCCAGCACUGUCCAGGCUACUAUACUGACUUUGACGCCUCAGAAAUGGCGACGAAGAUUUGUACUGAUUCAGGCCAGUGGUUCAUUCACCCAGAGAGUAACAGAACAUGGACAAAUUACACCGACUGUAUGCACAAGUCUAAUGAUCACAAAAGGACAACAUUUAAUCUCUACUAUUUGGCUUUGAUUGGUCAUGGAUUGUCGCUGAUAUCUUUGUUUACUUCCCUGGGGAUAUUUUUCUAUUUUAAGAGCUUAAGUUGCCAAAGGAUAACUCUACACAAGAAUCUCUUCUUCUCCUUUGUGCUGAACUCGGUUAUAACCAUCAUCUUUUUCACUUGUGUUGUAAACAACCAAGAAUUAACCCAAGCCAAUCCAGUGAGCUGUAAAGUGUCCGUGUUUAUCCAUCAUUAUCUCCUGGGCUGUAACUACUUCUGGAUGUUGUGUGAAGGGAUCUACUUGCACACCCUCAUUGUGGUGGCAGUGUUUGCUGAGAAACAGCAACUCAUGUGGUAUUACCUUCUAGGAUGGGGCUUCCCGUUAAUACCUGCACUUAUACAUGCAGUAUCCCGAAGUUAUUACUACAAUGACAGCUGUUGGAUAAGCUCGAACACUUAUCUGCUCUACAUUAUUCAUGGGCCCAUCUGUGCAGCCCUGUUGGUUAACCUCUUCUUCCUUUUAAACAUUGUGAGAGUGUUGAUCACAAAGCUGAAGGUGACCCACCAGGCUGAAUCCAGUCUGUACAUGAGGGCCGUCAGGGCCACUUUAAUCCUUGUACCUCUGCUGGGCAUUCAGUAUUUACUGCUGCCCUACAAACCCAACGGACGGCUCGCCUCCGAGAUAUUUCUGCACACAAUGACCAUACUUAUGCAUUACCAGGGCCUUUUGGUUGCCACUAUAUUUUGCUUUUUCAAUAGCGAGGUGCAAGGUGUUUUGCGAAGGCACUGGAACCAGUACCGCAUCCAGUUUGGCAGCACAUUUGCGAACACAGACGCCCUGCGUUCCGCAUCCUACACGGCCUCCUCCAUGACAGAAGUCCAUAGAUGUUACAGCAUCGACAGCCACAUGGAGACUCUAAAUGGCAAGAGUUUUCACAAUCUGGAGACCACCAUUCUCCGAUCAGACAACCUGUACAUGUGAGAAACUCUUUGACUUCUGGGAGAGCAGCCUCAUGGAGAGCACCACUGACUGAGAUGUGUGCCUACUGGACAAAUAUCUGGACACUUUGGACUGUAGACCCCAAGGAGCCUUUCCUUUUUCCCUACAGGCUUCAUUGAUCUCCAGUUUAUGGAUGGGAACUGGAGAAAAUACUGUAUUUUAUUUUGAAUAUUAAAGUCACUUGAACACUUUCCAUGGUGAUCCAGUGAAACACUAUGGAGAACCUCACACAUGGUCAGUCUUUCUGAUUUCUUUGAAUGAAAUGGAGGUGAAGUUGGAUAUUCUAUGGGUGAAACUAUGACCUGAAGAACAUACCUUAAUGAAGCUUUAUUCUGUAUGGCACUGUGUUGAUUAAUUGAAGGUUGAGCCACCCUGAUUCAUUGGAUGAUGGUUGUCACAUAUAUGGAUCUAUGGAUUAUUCUGGCUCAAAGAACCUCUAGUAAAAGAACGGAAUAAACAAUGGAAGACACAAAAUCACUAGGAUGUGAUUGCAGAAGAUACUGAUGACCUCGUCCUGCUCUUUUUGUUCAUCCUGAACUUGUUAUCAGUUAUGAGAUUAAUUUUAUGUGAAAUUUUUAACCCACAUACAGGGCAAUAUUGACAAUAUAUUCUAUAUAUGCAAAAUGUUGUGUUGUCUCUUAGGAGUACUGAGUUUGAAUAUGUAUAUAUAUAUAUAUAUAUAAUAUUUGAUUAAAGAAACCAAAACAAAAUAGAGUUACUGUCAUUAAAAUCUAGAGUCAUUGUAAACAUACAUUUCCCUGCUAAAAGACUAGCAGAUCUUGGAUAGAUUAGGAUAAACCAGUCUGGACUUGCAUGUCAAUUCCUGCUGGCCUGACACGUCCUUUCAGCAGGGUUAUCUUAUUCACUUUUGAUUCAUCUAAACAUCUUUCUUAAACUAAUUUAUCUGUAGUUCAUAUGAAUCUUGGUGUAGGUGAGUCUUGUUCUUCAAGGCCAAGUUACAUUAGCACAUGUGGGUUUACAGUUUUUGGAGAUCUGCAGAUCUACAAACGGAUGAGGUCUCUUUGUGUCUCUAUGUCUGGAACAUACAGAUGCGUUUGGCGCUUUCUCAACUGUUGUUUCUUAAAAUAUGUUAUGUGCACAUGCUGGAUAAAUAAACAUUCCUAUUUUGAUGUGUAAAUGCA